ACAUUAGGGACAUUGGAAUUAACAGCGCAAAUAAACCUAACAUUCAAACUCAUAGAUCAAUGAUCACAAAUUUGUAUCAAAAUUCUUAACAAAAUUGUGAAUUGUGAUAUAUAUUUUAGCAGUUGCCACAAUUUUGUAGAGUUCUUCGACUCAUGUCGCUGCUGAAUCAACUCUUCAAUAGGGGACUUCAAGGUUCAAAGUGCAAGACGUGCUUGACCUUGGCAAUCUCACGAAUCAAAUUAUUACAAAACAAGAGAGAUGCACAGCUCAGACUUAUGCGCAAGGAGAUAGCCCAAUUUCUGCAAACUGGCCAGGAAGCCAUAGCUCGAAUUAGGGUUGAGCAUAUUAUACGCGAGCAAAAUGUAUGGGCUGCCUAUGAGAUUUUGGAGUUGUUCUGCGAGUUUGUUUAUGCCCGGGUCCCUAUCCUUGAAAGCCAAAAGUAAGCUCUUUCUUUCUGGACUU